AUGUCAACUCCCCACUGUUCAUUCUCAUUACGAUCUGUCCUUGAGCAGGACAAAUUGAAUGGGUCAAACUUCCUUGAAUGGUAUCGAAACCUCAGAAUUGUUCUCAAACAGGAGAAAAAGGACUAUGUCCUAGAGAAGGUUCUUCCUGAAAAACCUAAGACCAAUGUCCAACAUGCUGAACGAACUGCUUAUGAUAAGCAUGUCAGUGAUAUGGUCGAUGUGUGUUGUCUUAUGUUGGCAACCAUGAACUCAGAUUUGCAGAAGCAAUAUGAGAACGUGGAUUCACCAAUUGACAUGAUCACUAGCCUGAAAGGUAUGUUUCAGGAGCAAGCUCGAACUGAGAGAUACCAAACAGUUAAGUCUCUCAUUGAGUGCAAGCUACCAAUAGAUGGUCCAGUUAGUCCACAUGUCAUCAAGAUGAUGGGUUAUAUUGAUAACUUGGCUAAGUUGGAUUGUCCUAUCAGCCAAGAGUUGGCGACUGAUCUCAUUCUACAGUCAUUGCCGUCAAGCUAUGAUCAAUUUUCCAUUACCCCUUUGGGGACACACUCUAGAAACGUCUGCGUUUACGCUAAGUAA